AUGUCUUACCACACGCACCGACUCACAAACAUGUAUCCCUCACACGGGAAUCCGGGCAACACCACGUCCUCAUCUUCCGGGCUGCGCCAGCCGUCCCAUUCGCAUUCCCACUCACAGUCACUCCUACAAACCAGAAUCGCGGCAAAGCGCGCCGAGCUCGAGAAUCUACGAGCCCUGCGCGAUCUGAGUGCCAAUUUAGCAACACAACUAUCCACACUGGAAGAGAAGCUCGGCACUUUGCGCGACGGCUCACAGAGUGUCGCAUUGGUAUUGGCGAAUUGGGAGAAUGUGCUCAGAGCGAUCAACAUGGCAGCCAUGAAAGUCCCCAAGCCCGCCAAUGUCGACGAAGACGAAAACCAAGAUGCCGACGCAGCAGGCGAUACUCGAGGUACCAGUGGAUCUUCAGCACAAGACCUUCCCGUCCCUCUUGUUCGGAUUCCGGUACAACCAAAGACAGAGGAUGGAAGUUGA